AUCAGUGAAUUGGUGUGCGUGUGUCUUUAAGAGCCUGCCAGCGGUCUGCUGUGAUGCCUAUUAUUGCCUCUGACUGUACCUGACGCAGCUGAAGCAGUGAGUGAGGAAACCCGCCGCCAGCAUCCUGCACCAUGGAGGCGGCCAAAGCACCAAAGCCAUGGACGUUAUAUUUACCGAAUCACAGCACGAUGUUUCCUCUCUUCGUGUUCAUUUUAAGCCAAUGUUAUCGGAUAAGUGCAGACGACGGCGGCAUAGAAGAACUUGCCACGGAGAAAGAAGCUGAGGAAAGUCACAGGCAGGACAGCGUGAAUUUACUCACAUUCAUUUUGCUUUUGACACUCACUAUACUCACAAUAUGGCUCUUCAAACACAGAAGAGUGCGCUUCCUGCACGAAACCGGACUGGCUAUGAUAUACGGUGAGAAAUCCGUCUUUUUAACAUUGCGAAACACGUUAGACAUCGUCUGUGCUUUAAAACCGAGCGAGUCUCCGAGCAGACACUUCUUCAGGAACCUGGGAUCCAUCAUAACAUAUGCCUUCCUGGGCACUGCGAUUUCCUGUUUUGUCAUCGGAAACCUCAUGUAUGGCGUGGUAAAACUGAUGCAGGUUUUGGGUCAACUCACCGACAAGUUUUACUACACAGACUGCCUGUUUUUUGGUGCCAUCAUAUCUGCCACAGACCCAGUCACCGUGCUUGCGAUCUUUAAUGAGCUCCAUGCUGAUGGGGAUCUCUACGCUCUGCUGUUUGGAGAGAGUGUCAUGAACGAUGCGGUCUCCAUAGUGCUUUCAUCGUCGAUUGUGGCGUAUCAGCCUUCAGGAGCCAACACACACACAUUCGAUGCCUCUGCCUUCUUCAAAUCAGUGGGCGUCUUCAUUGGCAUAUUUAGUGGCUCUUUUGCUAUGGGUGCAGUCACUGGUGUAGUCACCGCCCUCGUGACAAAAUUCACCAAGCUGCACUGUUUUCCUCUACUGGAGACGGCUUUGUUCUUCCUCAUGUCCUGGAGUACUUUUCUAUUGGCUGAAGCAUGUGGCUUUACAGGUGUUGUCGCUGUGCUGUUUUGUGGAAUCACACAAGCUCACUAUACCUACAACAAUCUCUCAGAGGAGUCGACCAAACGCACUAAACAGUUGUUUGAGGUGUUGCACUUCCUGGCUGAGAACUUCAUCUUCUCCUACAUGGGCUUGGCACUCUUCACCUUCCAGAAUCACGUCUUCAGCCCCAUUUUCAUAGUUGGAGCCUUUCUAGCCAUCUUCAUCGGCCGGGCCUUAAACAUCUACCCCUUAUCAUUUCUGAUUAACCUGGGCCGAAGACACAAGAUCCGAGGAAACUUUCAGCACAUGAUGAUGUUCGCAGGGCUGCGAGGGGCAAUGGCGUUCGCUCUGGCCAUCCGUGACACUGCCACAUACGCGCGACAGAUGAUGUUCACUACGACCCUGCUCAUCGUGUUCUUUACAGUGUGGGUGUUUGGAGGAGGAACCACGCCAAUGCUAUCCUGGCUGCACAUCAGGGUUGGAGAGUCUUCUGCUGCUGAGAAGGAGAGGAUACGUAGACUGUGGAAUUACGACAGAGUUGGAGUGGACCCCGAUCAGGAUCUUCAGCCAUGCGGGGACAGCUUCCAGGUCCUUCAGGGAGAUGGGAGCCAGUCAGAAGGGCAGAGCAAGACCAAGCAGGAGAGCGCCUGGCUUUUCAGACUUUGGUAUACUUUUGACCACAAUUACCUGAAGCCUAUCCUGACCCAUAGCGGACCCCCUCUGACCUCCACUCUGCCCGCCUGCUGCGGUCCACUGGCUCGAUGUCUGACCAGCCCUCAAGCAUACGAGACCCACGAGCCGCUGCGGGAUAAUGACUCAGACCUCAUCUUGAAUGAAGGAGACCUGACGCUGACCUACGGCGACACCGCCAUUACAGCCAACGGAGCCUCAUCCUCCUCUGGCCCCGAAGGGUCUGCUGGGAUCUGGGGCCUGAAUGGCAAACGCAGCGACAGCACGUCAGAAGACGCUCUGGAGCGAGAACUGGACACGCGUGAACAUGAGCUGUUGAGCCGCGGAACACGUCUGGUUUUCCCCAUCGAGGACCACGCUUGAACACACCACCCAUUCCUUAAACACCCUGCACUCCAUACCUCCUCUUUUAUUGCACACCGCUCCAUCCGACCAUCCACAAACAUCUCAAGACGGGGGGCUGAAAACUCAAGGAAACAGAGUGCUCUAGAUGAGUUUGUUUACCAGAAUGGAGGUGUCGAAGCUGUGGUAGGUUGAGUUUCUCCUCAUGGAAAUGUGGAGGAAAGAAAAGCUUUUGCGAACAGCUUUGGAAUAACCUUCCAGCUGUCGUUUAUGAUUAUUAAAAGACACUGAUACAUUCAGACAUUCACACACGCAGCAUUCGUCAUACAUUAGGCCAUUAUUACUUAGUUUAGCAUUGCUGCUACAAACCAGAAAUAUGACUGAGCCAGUUUUUGUCUAGAAAAAAAAUCUGUUUUUUUAUGGAUAAGCAACCAGUAUUAUUAAUCAUUUGCAUUUAAAUGCUUCUCUUCGCCGUCAGGCAAAUGAGCAAGCAGCUCAUCAUAUUUGUAAAUACGCCAGACUGUACAUGGUGGUGGUGUUCGGUAAAAUCCCUCGAACACAAUGGGAUCAUUGUUUGAUAUGCGUGCAUGUUCAUCUCAUGACUGCAUACAGGAUCCUCGUAAUACUCAGCUCCUAGUGUACUUGAUGUAAAUAUGAAUGUUGAUCUGCACAGCUGUGGGAUUUCUUUCCUUUUUAUUUGAUAAAACAGCUGGAUGCAACCGGAGUGUAUAAACCAUGCACUUUAGCUGCAGUUGAGCUGCAGUCCUUGCAUGUAUUGCUUUAUUGUAUUGGAUUAUUAACCACUUGCACAGUCUGAAAUUGUGACGUGAGAUGAUCGAGGAAGGUUUUUAGUGAGCGUGUGGCGUUUCUUUUGAGCCUCUUCACAUUAGAAUGCAGAUCUUGUUGGAGUAUGGCAACUUGACGAUUCCGAAAUCAGGAAUCCGAAACAUUUGGCAUGACGUUCACCGGCUGUGUAGUCUUUUCAUACAGUAAACGGAUGCCAUCAACCGCCAAUGCAGAUUCUUUCCAUCCUCUCAGUCCAGAAUUGAAUUAUGCUUGCUGUUAAUGAAUGCAAGUUUAAAGUCCAAACGUUUGGUUAAUAACUAACUUUCAGAUGUUUGAAAUAAGACAUCAUUCCACUUGAUGAACUAACCUUGGACUCCUCCGAUUUAAUAAUAGCCUUUUACGACUGUCUCAAUAGUCUGUGCCUGUCUGUCGUUUGCUUUUUAAGCUGUGAAAAGAUGCCUCACUUUCAAUGCCAUCUACAGUAUCUAGUUCAAAACCUAAAUGUGAAUUGAGAUUUGCACUAAUUAAUGGAGAUUUGGCUAGAUGAUGAGCGUUUUGGGCUUUGUGGCAAUUGAGGUGAACAACCUUAAACUGGCUGUAGCAAAAGACUAAGUCACUCUUAUGAAUGGCUCCUCCAACGUGUCUGAAAUCGUUUUUUUCUUGUACAUUCUACGGUGGACUUGUGUGUACCUUCAGGAUAUGUAACUCUUUCCUGUAGCAUUCAUCUUUUACUUGCUGUUCUGCAUGUACGUAUCUGCCAUAUAAACAACAACAAAGCAUAA